UCAUCUUCGAUACCAGUGAGACUCCCGACCACCGGAGACCUUUCAGCUUUGAUAGCUUGGAAUUGUUAGGCUGAUGUUUUCCAGACAACGAAUACCACGAUAUGGACCAGACUCUGGUGCUCAAUUUGAACCAGGCCGCCAUCAAUGGUAUCCGUGCUGCCGGUGCCACGACGCAAUACAUCUUUGUUGAGGGUAACCACUACAGUGGUGCCUGGACCUGGGUUGACAACAAUGACAACCUUAAGAGUCUGAAGGAUCCUCAGGACAAGAUCGUCUUUGAGAUGCACCAGUACCUUGACUCGGACGGUUCUGGUACCUCCGAGUCCUGUGUCAGCUCCACUAUCGGCCAGGAGCGUGUGAAGUCUGCCACUCAGUGGCUCAAGGACAACAGCCUCAAAGGAUUCCUUGGAGAGUUCGCCGGUGGUGUCAACUCCCAGUGCGAGACCGCCGUUGAGGGUCUUCUCUCUUACAUGUCCGAGAACAGCGAUGUCUGGCUCGGUGCUGAGUGGUGGUCUGCCGGCCCCUGGUGGGGAACUUAUAUGUACAGUCUCGAGCCUACUAGCGGUCCUGCCUACUCGACCUACCUUCCCAUUCUGAAGACGUACUUUGUGAGCGGCACCGACACUUCGUCCUCCUCUUCCUCGACCACCGGUUCUACUACCUCUGUGAUCAAACCAACCACUUCUGCCCCUACUCAGGUUCAGGUCGUCGACACUUCUUCCCCUUCCUCUACUCCUACUCCAACUCCAUCCUCUGUGCCUGCAGCUGAGGCUCCCGCUCCCGCGCCUAUUGAGUCUGCUCAACCUUCCAUUGCUGCUUCCACAACCCCGACGACCGCCGCUGCUUCAACUUCUGCUUCUGCCUCUGGCGUCGCCAAGCACUGGUACCAGUGUGGUGGAAUCAACUGGACCGGCCCUACAACCUGCGAGAGCGGCUACACCUGUGUUAAGCAGAACCCUUACUACCACCAGUGUGUUUAAUUUAACCGUGGGUCACUGCACUCGGAGGGUGACGGGCAGCUGGGAUAAGGUGAGUGUCGUGGGUCGUUCUAGG